GUGUCCCUCUCUCCAAUCAGAGAAGACUGUGUUGAAGGUUCUGCGCAUGCUCAGAUGUCACUUUCUCAUGUGUUUUGUUACGCAGGCUCCGGUUGAGGUCACUGUGAUCUAUCAGCGCAGUGGGACUGUCACAUUGCUGCCAUGGCAAAGCUAUUUGAGUCCAUUGGAAAGCUGGGAUUGGCCUUGGCCAUAGGAGGAGGUGUAGUAAACUCUGCACUUUACAAUGUGGAUGCGGGACACAGGGCGGUCAUCUUCAACAGGUUUCAAGGUGUUCAGGAUGAUGUUGUUGGGGAGGGCACACACUUCCUAAUUCCCUGGGUGCAGAAGCCAAUCAUCUUUGACUGCAGGUCCCGUCCACGCAAUGUGCCUGUCAUCACUGGUAGCAAAGAUUUGCAGAAUGUCAACAUCACGCUGAGAAUCCUUUUCCGACCAGUUGCUACACAGCUGCCGCGGAUUUUCACCAGCAUCGGAGAGGACUAUGAUGAGAGAGUGCUGCCCUCCAUCACCACUGAGGUUCUGAAGGCUGUAGUGGCCCGUUUUGAUGCCGGUGAGCUCAUCACUCAGAGAGAGCUGGUGUCCAGGCAGGUCAGUGAGGAUCUGACAGAAAGAGCAUCCACCUUCGGCCUCAUUCUGGAUGACGUCUCCCUGACGCAUCUGACGUUUGGCAAGGAGUUCACAGAGGCUGUUGAGUUGAAGCAGGUUGCACAGCAGGAGGCUGAGAGAGCCAGGUUUGUUGUAGAGAAGGCAGAGCAGCAGAAGCAGGCAACCAUUAUAUCAGCAGAAGGAGACUCCCAGGCUGCGCUGUUGAUCGCUAAUUCUCUGCAAGAAGCUGGUGAUGGCCUGGUGGAGCUGAGAAAGCUGGAGGCAGCGGAGGACAUCGCCUUCCAGCUCAGCCGCUCUCGCAAUGUUACCUACGUCCCGUCUGGACAGGGAAUGCUCUUUCAGAUACCACAGUGAUAGGGAAACUACACACACACACACUCGCUUAAUUUCUUCUGCCCUAAGUUUGGCUACUUUCGGAAAUGGCGAUGCCUGUAGAACCCAUGAAACUAUCUAGUCAGCCUAUAGGCAAAUUUUAAAGAGACGGAGAUUCCCUGUGUUUUUCUCUCUUUAGUCCAAGAGUAUACUUGCUCUAUUUAAAGUAUGGACCUCCACAAGGUGGUUUCAGCAGCUGGAAAGAGUGAAGGGGAAGAGUCUACGUGUAUGUAAAUGUGCUCAGGCGCAUAUAUAUUUGCAUUUGGAAAUGCAUUCCUUGGCUAAAUGUGCGUUGAUAUUGUUUGAAACCCUUAAGCCAUUUCAGUUUAAUUGUAAUUUCCAUACGCAGAAAUUGAUCUAAAUACCUUGCAAAGCUAAAAUAAAUUGUGCAUUUGUGAGUGGUUAGUGCUGGAUGAUUGACAUCAAUCUCAUCCUCUGCAUCUGCACGAACGACUGUGUUGUUUUUUGGUUUGAAUGUUGUUGUUGUUGUUAUUGUAUGUGGCAGUAGGAACACCCUUGUUGCACAAGUGGUGAAUGGAUAAAAUAAUAAUUAAAAAUUAUUCAUUUAUACUAAAUCAAAA